CAAUGAGCUACAAUGAGGGGUACAGGGAAAGGUUCUCUUAUUGUCUGAUGUGACAGUCUCGAUAAGUUUUUGUCAUGACUUUUCGUCCUCGCGAAUGAUGCUUGGCGGAUUACGUUUCCGUUGACUGUUGAAAGUCAACGCGUAGUAAUUCGCGUGUGAUGGCAGCGUUGCGUUGCGUUGCGCAAAAGAGACAGCUGACUAGUGUGAUGGUCUGAGAACUCGCGUCCUCGCGUCCUUGCCGUCCUUGGUUCUUACGUACAUCUGUACUCACUUUGCACUUGCGAGACCUACGUAACGCACGUAGACACGCUGGAUCGAGCAAACGGUCAGUCGACAAGUUAAAAUAACGAUUCCUUUCCCACUCAGUGGUGUUAUUUUCCCUGAAAAGUGUGUAUUAUUGUUCGAUUUAAAGUACAUUGUCUCAUCCGGGACAAAUCUAGAUAUACGAUAUCUGGGAAUCGAUAUCGCUUUCGCUCGAAUUUGUCCCGCGGAGGACAGAUAUUUUGCUUAAUUAACUUUUCUAGAGGGCUGCACUGAAGCAGUCUGUAUCUACCGAUCAUGGAACAGAUGAUCGCGUUGAGUACACAAAAUCCAUUGUCAUUACUAGUUAAAUUUGGUAUGAUGGCCUGGAACAACAGCUGUGGAAAUGAUAACUGUUCUGGCCAUGGGGAAUGCCAUAAUGGGACCUGUCUAUGCGAGAUUCAGUUUGACGGACCGGAAUGCCACAUCCCAAAUCUGAGUUACUACAUCGCAUUUGCAUCGAUUUUUUUCUUACUGGCUUUCGUCUGUUUGAUACAGCUUGUCAUGUGCAUCAUUGCUGAGUGGCAAAGAAUGAAGGCACCAUCAUUUCUGAGAGCAUGUAGAGUCACCACUCAAAAAGUGUUGUACUUUGUAGUUUUUCUUGCAUCAACCAUACGAGGAGCAUACUUUACCUCACCUACUGCUUUUAAGGAAGGUUGGUCUAGGAGUUUGCUGUCAGCGUAUUAUCCAUUGCUCUUGAGUGGAUCAUCGUUGCUUGUUUGUUUCUGGGCUGAAGUGUUUCAUCUAAGAGAUAUUCGUUGGGACAAACCUCAAUUUUUGUCAAAAUCUUUUCUGGCCUUUGUUGUGUUCAACAUAUUAACAUAUUCCCUUUUAUUUGCGGAAUUCAUCACAGCUCGGACUUAUUCACAAGUAGACCGAAGCUUUUAUACACAUGUAUUCAACGGCUGUUACGCAGUGCUUCUGUUCAUUGUAGUGGUCUUCUUCUUGAUAUAUGGAGUGGAAGUGUUUUUCAAAGUUCGUGGUGGAUUCUUGAAUGAAUGUCAAGUUGCUUCUAUCGCAACAAAUAAACGUGUAGCUGAUACAACAAAGAUCCACACUGAGGAUCAAGUAACAGCAAAGCUAUUUGAUCCAGGUCCAUCUACAUCCACAGCAGAGCCUGUGCAUACGCAACAAGUGAAUACAUCUCAAUUACAUCAGUCAAGAUUUGGAUUACUCUCUCAAGCAUUUAUGUUGUUUAUAGUAGUUGGUUUUCUGUUCAGUGAAACUCUCAGUGAAUUUUGGAAAACAAAGGUACCAUUGUACAGCAGGAAUUGGCAUGAUAUUGUAUUUCGUGUUAUUGAAGUUGGUGUAGCACUAUGGUUUCCUUGUGUUUUAUGGAAUUGUAUGAGUCCAGAGCAAUUGUGGAUUUUAAAUCCAAAGCGCAUAUUGAAGAAAUUAGAUUUGGACCAAGGAAAACGUAUAAAAGAAAUCGAAUUACAAGAAAAAGGCACAUCUCAAGACACGUUUCUUUCUGCAGAUGCAGCAUCAAUUAAUAGCAAAGAUUGUUGGAUUUGUUACGAUAAUGAAAGACAGGAUGCUGGUCCAUUGAUACAACCGUGCCAAUGUAGAGGUGAUGUAAGCGCUGUACAUCAUGAUUGUUUACGUCGUUGGCUCGUUGAGAGCUCUUUAAAUGCGGACAGUCUCGUUUGUAAAGUUUGCAAUACGAAAUAUAACGUUGAACAUGCCAGUCGGUUGGAUUGGCAAAACAGUUUGACUCCACGCCAUUGUCUGCAAACUAUUGCCAUUGUUACUACGAUGUGUGCAUCUUCUGCCGCUGCCUGGAUAGUUAUCCAACUUGUAGAAGGGCCCAUCAUCAGAAUGCUUGCAGCCGGAAGUGCACUAUUAAUUAUAUACGUCUGCAUAAGAUUUUUGAGCGUGAAUACCGUCGUAGCGUAUCAACGAGCCAAAAUCUCAUCGUUAAAUAUUGUUAACAGUGGUAGUGAGAGUAAUGUAACUGCACAAGUAACUACAAUUAGUCAUACAAUUUCAGUGGACGUAACGAAAUCGGAUAUGGCUACGAUAUAAUCUGUACUUGCCAUCAUUGUAUAAUGUCAUUGUAUAAUGCUGAGUUCACACUGCUACGUACGCUACAUACGGUAUGUAUAUUACGUAUGCUAUGUUCGCUACACUGAGUGGCCAUACC